AUGGAUGAUGGAUCUGCCCUACUAGCUGUUGGCGGGACCGCGGCGGUCGCCGCGGUGUCUGCGGCACUGCUGGCCGCUGAUCCCGAGAAGAGGCGUGCGGUGCAGACCCAGGAGGCCGGUGGCAAUGAGCUGGAGGCCGUGGCCAACUACUUCAACACCCAGGGCUUCGAGAGGUGGAACAGGAUUUACGGUACCACCGACAACGUCAACAAGGUGCAACUGGACAUCAGGGAGGGCCAUGCCGUCACUGUCAGCAAGGUCCUGAACUGGCUUGGAGAGGCCUCUCUGCAUGGCGUCACUAUCGCCGACAUCGGGUGCGGCACGGGAUCAUUGGCCAUCCCCCUGGCGCUCAAGGCAAGCAGAGCUCAUGGGCAGGCUUCGGUGACGGCUUCCGACAUCUCCGAGGCCAUGGCAAAGGAGGCUGAGCAGCGCUACAAGGCAGCGAGCAGUGAGCCAGGUGCCAAGAAGCCCCGCAAGGCGCCCACGUUCCAGGCGCAAGACCUGGAAUCAUGCUCGGGUUGUUUUGACACGGUUGCAUGCAUUGAUGUCAUGAUCCACUAUCCUCAGGACAAGGUGAAUGGUAUGAUUAAGCACUUGGCGGGCCUGGCGGACAAGAGGUUGAUUAUCUCAUUUGCCCCAAAGACCUUUUUCUACACCUGGCUGCAGCGUGUGGGCAACCUCUUUCCGGGGCCAUCCAAGGCAACGAGGGCAUACUUGCACGCUGAGGCAGACAUAGAAGCGGCUCUGGCAUCAGCAGGGUUCAAGGUGACACGGAAGGAGAUGACUGCCACCAAAUUCUACUUUUCCCGCCUUUUCUAUGCAGAGCGCUUGUAG